AUGGCAUUAGUAGCAUAUGAAAGUCUAAUUGACCCAUCAGCAUACCCAUUCUUUGCUUUCCUUUUUGUAGUCAUUGGUUUGUUUGCCUUUUCAACCUUUGCUGUUUCUGAACUUACCUCAACCAAAAAGAACAUUUUCAAGGGAUUAACUUUAGCUACUAUUGCAUCGGCUACUUUGGGAUUGGGUAUUUUCUUUGUAUUCUUGGCUGGUGGUAUCUAUGUUUAA